CGGCAGUGUUGAAAAAAAAAAGGCCAGUUCCUCCGCAAGCGCUUCAACUCUCGCCCCGCGACUGAGCACCCUUGUGCAGCCAAGCAACGAUAUCGACGUGGCGGAGUCUAAGAUUCAGGGUGCUGCGCUCUCCACAACAACUUCCCCAGUUGCUUCUCCGAGGGCCGCAGUCAAGUCUACGGUGGAGCGCAAGUCGAUUGCCAGUUCGCAUCCGCACAUGGACCGCCUCUCCGUUUUAGACCGGGAGCUACUGCACGCCCUACUGGUGACGGCCGUGGAGCACAUUCGUUCCGCCCACGAAAAAAGCACCACGUUGCUGACAUCAACUGGCACAGAAACGGGGAAUAUCGCCUCUGCCACGGCAAAUAAAGAACUUAGUCCUGCUGGUACAACACCUCGGGGAGGCAAUGUGGAUAGCAAUUCCGUUGUUGCUUCAUCGCCGAGGUCAUUGCCUUCGCAACAGCAGGGGAGUCCUUUGGGACCAGGAGCCGCCACGAAGGAAGAUGCUGGGACUGUGGAAUCCUCUCCCGCGUCAUCGCCCGCGGGAGGGAAGCGCUUGUGGGGGCGACUGCAAGGAAAGCUCGGCACCUUGGUAAGCGCGGCCCGGGCUGAUGGUGCCGCACGAGAUCACUUGCCGAACACUCCGGCAUCUCCGGACCGGGCGCCCGCCGGUGCGCUGCACUUUGACCUUGACGACCUUUUCAGCGCGUCGCCCGCGCAGUCGCCCAGCUUUUCCGGAGCCAAGCGCUGGCACGGCUUCGGGGGUAGUCCACUCUCUGGCGACAAAUCAUCACUGGAACAAGGUGCACUUGAAGUCGACGACAAUCUGCUUUCACCUGCGCUGGACUACAGCAAUGGGAACAAUUUACCGCUGGCCAAAAUGUGGUCGCAAGCACCGUACCAUGAAAAGACCCUCCAGCAAGCUCGGGAACGAACGGCCGGAGGCUUCUUUCCGCGAAAUAAAGUAGCGCACCAGCAGCUCCUACUAUCGGAUGAAGAACAGGAGCGCCGAUGGAGCGCCCAGCGUGCCCGUUUGCGGCAGCAACUUCGGGAUCGCCUAUUCGGCAUGGGGCAGAAGCAAGCUUUCAACCGGUUGCUGUUGCGCCAGUUUGGAGACGACGUUGAUCGGAUGAUGGGAGCGCCCGUGGGGGAGGAAGAUGCGUCUAGAUCUGGAAGUAAGAGGAGGAAAAACCUCUUCAUCGAUGAAAACAUGGAGAGGACAUUGGCAGGUGGUGCGACUGGUGUUCACAAUGAAGCAGCCAGCGUGCGUGCAAGUCGUUUGCCCAGCAGUGUGAAUCGAGAUCGGCCGAAUAAAGCUAUCAUGUCGAACCGUGGCGACGUGAAAAAAGUAAAAGUUAUGAUAAAGAGUUCAGAUGAAGAGGUCGUGCACGAUGCAGCAAAAGCUUUUUUGCGGCCGGCAACAUCCGAAGCAACACGCAGCAAAAGCAGAGGUGCAGUGGCUAGGGCGCGUGUUGCUGCUUCCGGUGGGAGCAUGACCUCAUCGGGGAUGAUACCCGGCCCGCGCGUUGCCGGUGACCUUCCUACUGAAGAAAUGUCUCAGAGGACUAGCAAGUCCUCCCAGCGUCCUCGUGUUUUACCGCUGAAAAGACCAGCCUCCUCACCCGUUGCGACUAGUGGACAAGAUGGAAGUCUUUUGUUUGCCGGCUCAGCCCCGAGUGGCCAAAAGUUGGAGCUGGCUGGGGGCGCGCCGCUACCUCCACCCAAGACGAGCGCGACUGAGAAAAAGCAAGGCUCUACUGCGUUUGUACAAAACCAUCGGCGCACCUUUAUGUUGGAGGCAGGGAGAAAAUCCUUUGUGCAUGAUCCUGCGCCAGCUGCUGGGCUCGCGGCGCACACAGAGCCCAACGAGACGGUCGUUCCAAAACCAGGGAUGCCUGACCCGAGCAGGAUCGUAAUCGGAAGAGCCGACGAACCACUUUCAGUUGGGAACUUGCAGAAACCCAUUAGCAGCGUUCAUCAAGCGAAAGUCGCUGCAAAAGUCGAUCUACCGAAAAAAGCCCCGUCUCCGAGUGCAAAAUUCGGAGCCAAAAUACACGGUCAGCCGGACAGAGUCACGACCGCGAAGGGAAAAAGCAAUGAGCUGCAGUUGCAGGGGAUAGUUUCGAAAAUCGAAAAAAAGUUGUCCUGACAUUGUUCUGGUACUUCUGCAUAUCGAUGCAGUGCAGAACCUUGUUCAUAGAGUCCGACCGUGACAAAAACAAGUAGACGCGAUGACCUAAGCAAUGCUUAAAUUCUCGAAAAAUACAACGGAGCCCUUCAUCAUUGCCCCUAUUUUACUAGUCUGCAAAAGACGAACACGAAGGAAAAUGAAAAUCAGAGUAAAUCGACGAAGAAGUAGAAAGAAGAAUUUGGAAUACUGUACGAAUACGUAGGAUUGACCACCACAGUACAGCUGCAACAGCUCC